AUGGAUCUGAGCCUUCCCGAUCAGGCUCCCCACCGUAAAACACUCUUUCAUCUCGUACCAUCCAACCGACUGGCCGAGGAAGCCCUCGCUCACCCUGACAAUGAACGUUUUGUAUCGAGGGCUCGAAACGGACGUUAUGGUCUUGAAGUCGGCUAUCAUGUCUCGUCCCUCCCUCGCGGUCAUGUUAUUACCAGGCUAGGCCGAAAUGCCGAUUUGAUUCUUAGGAAAACCACCCCCGAAAACCCCAUGUCUACUGUUCACGUCGCCUUUGAGAUUAACCCCUCUACACGGCUUAUUGUUCUCUCGGUCAGAUCGAAACGCCCUUCAACGGUUUAUUUCUCCAUUCAAACCAGCACCGCAGAGGAUGACGGCCAGGGCGGUCCGGGAACAGGCAUGUCGGUUCAACAAGAGCUCCAAGGAGCCACCAUUGCUCGAGAACAAAUUACCGGGCAAGGCGUUAUCCUCUUUGGUCAGGCUUACUCCAUCUUCAUUGCCAACUAUACCUUUCGCUUGAUCUGGCAGCGGGGCAACAGCCACAAAGACGUCGAGUUUCUAAAAGCCUUGGCCUUUCAAGGUUACCAAGAAUCGGUCCACCGGAUGCAGUAUAUAGGAUCUCGCGAGCGGCCGACAGAGUAUGACCCCUCGGAAUUAAUCUCAUGGCAUAUGACUAGGCUCAACACGGUCAAGGGGACUUAUUUCAGCGAUGUCCCGGACCUUCGUACAGAAAUAGGCUCGGGGGCCUUUGGAACAGUCUAUGCAGCAACUGAUCAGGUAUCAGGCUAUGAAUUUGCAAUUAAAGUGAUUCAUCUCCAAGACCACCCCAAUCCCGAGGAAGCACGAGCCUUGGUGCACAGGGAAAUUAAGAUCCUGCAGAGAUUGAGCCAUAAACAUAUUAUCGAAUAUCUAGACUACAAUCACUUCCACACUCUCAACCCCGAGAUCUUGAUGCCCUUGAGAGAAGGGUCCUUGAAAUCGCUCAUCAAGGAAAAAAAAGUUGACGUCAACGAACAUUUAUUCUUAGACGUGGUAACCCAGAUGCUCAGCGCCCUGGAUUACCUGGCGAGUGAGAGCCUGGUCCACCGGGACGUGAAGCCUGAGAACAUUCUCUACUACCCCUCGGGCAAAAUCGCUCGCUGUGGUUACCAUUUUCAGCUGGCUGACUUUGGAUUCGCUCAUCACCAUGAUCUGGCUACAAGCAAAUGCGGCACAGGCUUUUAUCGGGCCCCUGAGAUGGUGCCUGAAAAGAGCAAAGUGGAUGCGCCGCAGAGCCACAAGAUGGACGUAUGGUCCCUCUUUGCUACCAUGGUUGCCGUCGAUUCCACGUUUGAGAGCUUUCCAAUCCAUACCUCUGACUAUGGCAUUGUUCUAGAGGCAUUGCUGGCGAAAGCCCGAGAAUCCCUAUUAUACGCGCACAUGGGGAGGCUGCAUCCAGAUCGCCGGGCCUCAGCUGCCCAGAUCCUUAGCGUACAUUUUGCAGGCUGGGGAUUAACAACACCGCAAUCGAGAAUCACCCCGAUAGAGCCCGAGCUAGAGCUACAAGAGGCUACAUGUACUCCUCAAACCCUGUUGCCGACUGCCGGGCCUAGUGCACCCCGCGGAAUGGACAGUGACCACGAGAUGGAGGAUGUCCACGAGAUGAAGAAUAACCACGAGAAACCUCGCCAGAAGGCAGCGGCCCCCCUCGGUCGCUUAAUUACAUAUCCGCCGUCCCACAAGCAGCGUGAUACACUGGCACGGGUGAACAAAAAUGGCGUUGGGAAGCGCCGGGCGAGACGGAGCGCCCGCCCCAGCCCGCGACAACAAAAAUUGCCUGUUCGGGAUAAACCAGAAAAAGGUAGUCCGCUUAGAUAA